AUGGCUAUAAAGACGGAUAUGAGCAAGGCUUAUGAUCACGUGGAGUGGUCAUUUGUUGAACAUCUACUCCGGCAAUUCGGUUUUUGCGACAAACAGAUAUCGUGGAUCAUGUGCUGUGUGACAUCAGUACAGUAUAAGGUCUUGAUAAAUGGUCAGGCAUAUGGGUCCAUCAAACCUUCUCGGUGGCUUUGUCAAGGGGAACCUUUAUCACCCUACCUUUUUAUUUUGUGUACAGAGGUGCUUAUUGCUCAUUUUCGGAAGGCGGAGCAGCUGAAACUUCUUAUUGGGAUUAGGGUGUCGACAGCUAGUCCUACCAUCUCCCAUCUCUUAUUUGCGGAUGACAGCCUUUUCUUCUGUCUGGCUACAAAGGAGCAAUGUGAGGUGGUCUUAGGGAUACUUGGGAAAUAUGAAAGGGUUUCGGGCCAACAAAUUAAUUUUCAGAAAUCCUCGAUCCAGUUUGGACAUACGGUGGAUAUUGAUCUUAGGGAGGAAUUGAAAGGGGUACUCGGAAUCACAAACCUGGGUGGUAUGGGAUCUUACUUAGGUAUUCCGGAAAGUUUAGGGGGUGCUAAGACGAAAAUAUUCUCGUUUGUACAAGACAAGUUGCAAGCGCGGGCUAGUGGAUGGCCGGCUAGACUUCUGUCAAAAGGUGGUAAGAAGGUAAUGAUCAAGUCUGUUGCUACGGCUGUUCCUACUUUCGUUAUGUCGUGCUUUCGGUUACCUAAGACGGUUACGAGGAAAUUGACUAGUGCAAUCUCUAACUUCUGGUGGAGCUCGUCUGGACAAUCCCGCGGGUUACACUGGGUCGCGUGGGAUAAACUCUGCUUUGGAAAAGACACAGGCGGACUGGGUUUCCGGAAUUUGGAUGAUUAUAACACCGCGCUGCUGGCAAAGCAACUCUGGCGUUUGAUCACAGUACCAGAUUCCCUUUUUGCAAGAGUAUUUAAGGGACGCUAUUACCGGCAUUCUGAUCGUUUGGAUCCAAUUAAAUCUUAUUCCCCCUCAUAUGGGUGGCGGAGUAUGAUUUCUGCUUGCUCUCUGGUUAAUAAAGGACUUAUUACACGGGUAGGAUCUGGGGCUUCCAUUUCUGUAUGGGCCGACCCAUGGAUCCCUGCCCAAUCCCCAAGACCAGCACUAAGCACAGGGUCGUCUUUUGACCCCUCGCUUCGAGUUAUAAAUUUUAUUGACAGGAGUUCAAAUUCCUGGGAUAUGGCUCAGCUUACGGCUACCUUUGUACCGGAAGAUGUGACUAUAAUUUCCGCUUUGCCGAUACGACAACCGGAUACUCUGGAUCUAUUUGGCUGGCUUUUUACCAAGUCUGGUAAAUAUUCGGUUAAGUCAGGGUACCAUUUUCUUUGUUCAAAUAUAACGACUCCUUCUGAUUCGGAAGUAUUUGGACCAAGCAUUGUGCCUCUUCAGUCUUUUGUAUGGAAAAUCAGGUGUCCACCGAAGCUACGGCAUUUUAUGUGGCAAGUGCUUUCCGGUUGUGUAGCGGUUACAGCAAACCUCCGUAAACGGGGUAUGAGCUGUGAUGCAGUAUGUGGUUUGUGUGGCUCCCCGGAAGAGACGAUUAAUCAUACUCUCUUCCAGUGUCCGCCAGCUAGACAGGUUUGGGCUUUGUCGCAGUUUCCGACAACCCCGGGUUUUUUCCCCAUGGACUCUGUUUUAACAAAUAUGGACUCUCUGUUUUGGCGGUUUAAGGAUGUUCCAGAUUCUGACAUUUUCCCUUGGAUUAUGUGGUAUGUCUGGAAAGCACGAAAUGAUAAGCUUUUUGGUAACCUUGAUUCCAAUUCCUUAGCCAUUUUGCGGUUAGCAGAGGAUGAGGCCAAAUCAUGGGUUUUGGCUCAAGAGGAUGAUCUGGUAUUAGUUACCACUGCACCGGCCGAGGUACGACGUCCUGGAAUUGGGAGUGUAGGGGUUCCUAGGUCUCUAUCGAGCUAUACUUGUUUUGUAGAUGGCUCUUGGAAAGCGACAGAUCGUUUUGCGGGUAGAGGAUGGUUUUGUACUUCGCCCUGGGGUGAUGCCCCUACCAUGGGUGCUGCCAACCAUCGCCGUAGUUUAUCUCCUCUUCAUGCCGAGAUUGAAGCCCUUGUUUGGGCUAUGUGCUGUAUGAUUGGGGCCGAUAAUCAAUCUGUUACUUUUCUCACCGACUGCUCCGAUUUAGUGAAGAUGGUGUCUUCGCCUUCCGAGUGGCCAGUAUUUACGCCUUACUUGGAGGACAUUCAGGUGGAUAAGGAGGAGUUUGUUUCUUUUUCUUUGGUCUAUGUCCCUCGCUCUCAGAAUGGUCAAACGGACAAUCUUGCGCGACGUUUUCGCACAUUACCGCAUUUAAUUACCUAUGUAAACAACGUUCCUUCGCAUUGGCUUGUUUGA